CUCAAGUCAUCCGCCGCCGCGCUUCGAGAUCUCUGUCCUGCUUCGGCAAAUAAUUCGAUUCGGUUCGGUUCAAUUCGACCCGGUUCGGUUCGAUGGCGAUCGUGGAUGCCGACAAGCUCAGCUACGAGAUCUUUUCCAUCCUCGAGAGCAAAUUCCUCGGCUUCGACGACCCGAAGAAGCAUGUCUUCCCCUCCUCCUCCGCCGCUUCCCCGCGGACCCCUUCGGGCGCCGGCAGGGUCCGGAUCCUGUCCAUUGACGGUGGCGACCGCCCAUCUGACAGCCUCCUCGCCGCGGCCGCUCUCACUCGGCUGGAAUCGUCCCUCUGCCUCCGCUCCGGCGAUCCUUCUGCACGGAUCGCCGACUUCUUCGACGUCGCCGCCGGGUCCGGCUCUGGCGGCGUCCUCGCUGCAUUACUCUUUACGAAGGGGUACGACGGCCGCCCCCUGUUCUCCGCCGCCGACGCCCUGCGACUCCUCCUCGCAGAGAGUCGCCGCCGCGUUGGGGGCUUCUCCGCCAGGAGGGGCCUAUUUCGGGGGAUAUUCCGGCGAUCGGGGGGCUUGUUCCGGCGGAUCUUCGGGGAAUCGACGCUGAGGGACACCGUGAAGCCGGUCCUGAUCCCGUGCUACGACCUCGCGACCGGGGCGCCUUUCGUCUUCUCGAGGGCGGACGCCGUGGAGGCGGACGCGUACGACUUCCGGAUCAGGGAGGUGUGCGCGGCCACGUGCGCCGACGCGGGUGCCACCGCAGUGGAGCUGCGGUCGGUGGACGGGCGGACGCGGGUCGCCGCCGUGGGCGGCGGUGUGGCGCUGGCGAACCCCGCGGCGGUGGCCAUCACUCACGUUCUGCACAACCGGCAGGAGUUCCCAUUCGCCGUCGGGGUGGAGGACCUCUUGCUCGUCUCGCUCGGUGCCGGCGGUAGCGCGCCCGCGUCGGGUGCGGCUGAGCUCGUCAGGAUCGCGGGGGAGGGCGUCUCCGAUAUGGUGGAUCAAGCGGUGGCGAUGGCGUUUGGACAGCGUAGAACAAGCAACUAUGUGCGCAUCCAGGCUAACGGAUUCGCGUCGGGAAAUUGCAUUCCGAGGACGAGGAAUUCGAGUCGGUCGAUGGAAGCGGCAGAGGAGCUGUUGUCGCAGAGGAACGUGGAGUCGUUGCUCUUCAGGGGAAAGAAGAUAUCCGAGCAAACUAAUGCCGAGAAGCUCGAAUGGCUCGCCGGUGAGCUCAUCAAGGAGGACGAGAGGAGGAGCAAGUGUCCGAUUCCGACGGUGAUUCCGAAGCACGUGAUGACGCCGAGAACGUCGUCGGCGACGACCAUCACCACCGUGACGACGGCGUCCACGGGAUCGUCCACGUCGCCGGUCCACUAAAUUCCGACAACCGUCGAAGUGAAUCUGAAACUUAUAAAUAACCGUUUGUGUAUUUUUACUGGUUUUUUUUUUGUUUGAUUUCCGUAUUAGAGAGCUUAACAUGGGGAGUUAGCUCAAGUUUGACUCAAUCUGCCUUGUGGCUUAAGAUUGAAGGGAUUGGAUUUCACAAACAGCAUUGCAGCUUGUGAUUUCUUUUGCUUUCUUUGAUCAUGUAUAUAUUAAUUAGAGGGUGAAUCAAUGCUAAGAUUGUUUCUUUAUGACA